AUGGCUGUAAUCCCGUUGUGUUGCAGCUGCAUUCCUCUGGAGAUUGCUCAGAAGACCCGAUUUUGUACCGUUUGGAAGCCGUAUAGGGCAGUUGUGGGAUUAUGGUGUGUUGCUCUAGGGAUGGUAACGCCGCCUCUUCUGAUAGGCGGCACGGUCUUUAAAAUCGGCCUGGUCGGGCCGUGGAACUGCGAUCCGUUUUUCUCCAAGGCCUUUCCCCAAGCGGCCGCUAAGUUAGCUGUGCAACGAAUAAAGAAGGAUCCCUCGUUUAACGUUGCCCGUGACUUGGACUGGACAUUGAUAGAACAGGACUGUCAGACCUGCAGGGGUCUAGCCGGAUUCGCGGGCUAUGAAAGACUUUCCUCGGCUUUCGUGGGGCCGCUGAACCCCGGCUACUGCGGCACGGCCUCCUUGCUCGGUAAGACCUGGAAGAAAGCCAUCUUCUCGUGGACGUGUUUUAACUACAAACGGGACCGUCCAAACUGCCCCCCCUCGCUCGUCGGGACGCUGCCCUCGCCCGCCGACGUCCUUGUGGCCGUGCUGAAAUAUUUUAACUGGGCUCACGUUGGCAUCAUCUCAUCCCAAGGGGACUUCUGGCUGGACACGGCCAAUCAACUGGCCGUCACCUUGAGGAACCAGGGACUGCUCGUACAACUUGUUACGGCGAUUGACGAUGGAGAUUCAAGAGCCGAAGGGACUUGGGCAAGGAUACAGGCUGCUGGGGACAUUAAAGUUCUCAUUCUGUGCAUGCCUUCGGCCCUGGUCGGAGGAGAAGAUCAGGCCGCCCUGCUAACCCAGGCCCAGGAGAUGGGUCUGGCCGAUGGGAGGUACACUUUUGUGCCGUACGACACCCUGCUCUACAGCCUUCCUUAUCGGAACCACUCCUACUUCCUCCUCGACAAGGACCGCGUGUUCCGGGAGGCUUACGAUGCCGUCCUGACCAUCACCUUGGAGUCUGGAGAGCAGACGUUUUAUGAAGCAUUCGGGGCAGCAAAGAAAAGAGGCGAAAUAGCAACAGAUCUGGAACCGCAGCAGGUGACUCCUCUCUUUGGGACUAUCUAUGAUGCUAUUUACCUCGUCGCAAAAGCUUUAGACAAGGCACAUCGGCCCGGGGCUUCAGAGCUCUCGGGGAUGACGCUGGCAGAACAUGUGAAGAACCUCGACUUUGUGGGAUUCGGCCGCAGGGUCCAGGUCGACAGCGAGGGGAAGGUGCUGGCCAAUUACGUGAUCCUGGACACAGAUGGCAAAGGGAGCUACUUAUCCCCUACCUACUUGCUGGUUACAUCCUCCGGCUUGGUCCAGUCCCUGGGAAGAACCAUACACUUCCCCAGAGGAGGUCUGCCCCCUACUGAAUCCAGCUGUUGGUUUGAUCCAGGUGUUCUGUGCAUUAGAGGAACUGAUCCACCCAUCGUGGUCACCGUCUUGCUGCCUCCUCUCUUCCUGCUCCUGUUGGGAAUUUGCCUUGCUUAUCUCAUCAGGCGCAGCGCCUUCUACCGCCAAAUCGCCCAGGGCUCCAAGAAGCUGCUGCUGAGCCUGGACGACCUCACUUUUGUGAACGCCAAGCUGAGCCGCAUGAGGCUGACCCUGGACAACCUCAGCCAGAGCAAGAGCCACUCCGAAGGCCGAAGCCUGAGGUCAGCGACUUGCUCCAUGAAGAGCGCAGCUGUGACCCAUGAAACCUCCAACGUGGCGAUCUAUGAGGGAGACUGGGUGUGGCUGAAGAAACCGCAGUGUGCAACCCCCGGGGAUCUUCGACUCCCGCCCACCUCUUGGUUGCGCAAGAUGAAGGACCUGCGUCACGAGAACCUGAAUUCCUUUCUCGGCCUGUUGUCCGACGGCAGCCUCUCAGCCAUCUUGAUGGAAUUCUGCUCCCGAGGAAGCCUGGAGGAUUUGCUACAGAAUACGGACCUCAAACUGGACUGGAUGUUUAAAUCCUCUCUCCUGAUGGACUUGAUUAAAGGAAUGAAAUAUUUACAACGCCAGGGUAUUCUCCACGGACGCCUGAAGUCUCGGAACUGUCUGGUGGACGGCCGGUUUGUGCUGAAGAUCACCGAUUACGGUUACAGUGAAUUUUUGGCAGCCCAACAGCCCUUAAAUAUUCAGCCACCAGCUGAAGAAUUGCUCUGGACAGCUCCGGAGCUGUUGAGAGAUCCGGGAAUGUUCCCAAAAGGCACCUUAAAAGCAGACGUGUACAGCUUUGCCAUUGUUGUGCAAGAAGUUGUCCUGCGGGGCCCUCCGUAUUGCACCUCACAGGUCUCAGCAGAAGAAAUUCUACGCAAGCUGAAGAAAUCUCCGCCCUUGUUCCGUCCCAAUGUUCCUCUGGAUAGCGCCCCUUUGGAGUGUAUCCAGCUGAUGAAGCAGUGCUGGGCGGAAGUGCCGGACAGGAGGCCCUCAUUCGAUGAGAUUUUUGAACAGUUUAAAACCAUCAACAAAGGCAAGAAGACCAACAUCGUUGACUCCAUGUUGAGGAUGCUGGAAGAGUAUUCAAGCAACCUGGAAGAUUUAAUCCGGGAAAGGACCGAGGAGCUGGAGAUCGAGAAGCUGAAGACGGAGAAACUGCUGACCCAAAUGCUUCCCCCGACGGUGGCGGAAACCCUGAAAACCGGAGCGACCGUCGAACCCGAGUACUUUGAUGAAGUCACCAUCUACUUCAGCGACAUCAUCGGCUUCACCACCAUCUCCGCCCUCAGUGAGCCCAUUGAGGUUGUGGAUCUUCUGAAUGACCUCUACACUCUGUUCGAUGCUGUCAUCAGCCAUCACGAUGUUUACAAGGUGGAGACCAUCGGCGAUGCCUACAUGGUGGCUUCAGGGCUCCCGGAACGAAACGGUCAGAGGCACGCUGCCGAGAUGGCCAACAUGGCCCUGGACAUCCUCAGCGCGGUGGGCUCUUUUACCGUGAAGCACCUUCCUGGCGUGCCCAUCAGGAUUCGGAUGGGACUGCACUCGG